GGAAAUGUACUUGUUUUUUUAAGUACAAAAAAUCGAACCAGAUCGGAAACUUUUACCGGAUGGGCAACCCUCGGUUUUAGGACGAAUAAGCGAAAAUUGCAAUACGAAGAAAAUGUGCAAUAUGCAGGCGUAAAUUUCGAUGGGUGAAAACCGAUUACAAAUAAAGCGCAACGAAUUUUGAACAAGUGCAAUUACGCACAUGCGUGCGUACAACUGAAAAUCUCAUUUAACACAUCACAAAUAAGUUGCGUGCGUUAUCAAAGUGUCAGUGGUAAAUUGCAAACCGCAAUGAAGAAGCGCAACUCACGCUGCAAUUCGGAUACACAACAGAUGGACAACAAUAACGACAACGACGUUGAAGGCAACGGCAAUGAUUUAAGCCUGUUGCAGCGUCCAUUGAGAACAGCGCACACUGGAUUCCAGGAGGCGCGACGGGCCUACGAGAAUGGAACCAGUGAGGUGCGGCGUCUGCUCAGCGAGGAGUGCAGCCUGAUCUAUGAGUGCAACGUGUGCCGGAAUAUGUUUCGCAGUCUGGCCAAUUUCAUAAGCCAUAAACGCGUCUUCUGUUGCAUCAGUGCCCGUAUAACGAGCCAUAACACAGGAUACACAGAUCAAAAUUCGACGAUGAUAAUUCAGCCGUCAACGUCACAGGACAUUGAACACAUGCUGCGCAGUCGCAGCACAGGAUGUUCGCCGGUUCCUCGCGAGAUUCGUCCAAUGCGGGGCAGCAUACGAGAUCUUAGCGGAGUCAUUGAGCGUUUGCGUCGGGAAAAGGCGCCGCCAGCUACAGUCAAACAGCAUUCGCCGGUGCUGCAACUGGAGUCAAUGCCGACCUCCAGUCAAGCGGUUUAUCAGACUAUUAAGGUCGAGCAGGACGACAGCAUCAAGACGGAACUUAACGAAGUUCACCACAUGCUCAAUUCAGCUCGCACGACUGUCGGACCCGAUGGCAAGGCAGUAACCACGCAUCAAUACGAGCGACCAAGUGGCAGCGACUCGGCCGAAACUCCGGAUCAGUCUAUUAGCGAUGAGACCGAAACGAAUGUCUUCUGUGAAAUAUGCAAUUUGACAUUCCAGACGCACAAAACGCUUGAGUUGCAUAUACAGAAGCAUCAUUCGUCAUCAGCUUUUGUGUUUCAGUGUCCAGCGUGCUCUCUGACCUUUCUACAGGCAGCGGCUGUCAUUCGUCACCUCUCCAAGGAUCAUAAGAAACCAACCCGUCGUAUACGCAUGAUGCGUAAUACGAUACUUAAACGACGCAUGCAGCAGGGCGAUGUUCAACCCAAGGGUCCUAGUCGUGAGCUAAAGCGUCUGCAACUUUCCGACGACGUCGUUGGUCAAGCUGUGGAGCAUACGGAUGCGAAUGGAGAGCAACGCAAGAUAAUGUCGCUUUGCAUUUACUGCGAAAAGUCAUUCGAACGUCGCGCUGCGCUUUCCACACAUCUACUCAACUGUCGGGCUAAGCAGGAGGCCAAGUUGGCCAAGCCAUUGCCAGCCGUAAAGAAGCUAAAGAUUAAUCCAAAUGCUAGUAAUAAUUCCAGUUCAGAUGUACUCGAAGAAUCAGCACACAGUACUGUGGAUAUGCAAAGCAUCGAUUCCAAUGCGCUAAAUGAAAUGUUUGCUGAUCUCGCCGAACAGAAUGGGAACUAUGCACCUGGUCUGCAGACCGUGUCGCUUGACAAGCUGCAACUGCAGCACGAGAGCGACUCGACCAGCGACGAUCAGGCUUCCAAUAGCGAUGACGAGCAUGAGCAGGAAGAGCAGGAUCAGGACCAGGACCAGCCCAGCAUUGAAAAUGAAAACGAAAAUGAAAAUGAGAUUGAUGAGUCAAAGCCGAAAGUCAAAAAGAAACGCAAUGUGCCCAUUGAAAAGCAGCUGCGCUGUCGCUGCAAAAUCUGCCACAAGCAGUUCAAUGCUCUUGGCAAUCUCCGUCGUCACAUUUCCAUGUUUCAUUAUCGGGCUCGCCGUUUCGGCUGCACCAUUUGUGACUAUCGCGCCUUUCGACGCUACGACAUUGUCAAUCAUCUCGGAUUCACGCACAAAAUUGAAGGCGAUCGGGACAGUCUGACCGAGAAGUAUGUGUCCACACAUGAAUGCGAGUAUUCUCGAGAUGAUGUCGAUGGAGAUAUUAUACUAUUGGAUAAGGAGCAGCCAGCAGAUCAGAGAGAGGAGGCGUCUAUUGAGCUGAAACCUGCACCCAAAACGUAUGAAAAACGAUCGAAGCGCAUUAAAACAAAUACUGAGUCAUCGCUGGAGACGGCGCCCAGUUCGCCAGUUCCCACCGCUGUUCACAUUAAGGAGGAACCAGAAGACGAGCCUUUGCCCAGCAAAAAACGUCGCAAGUCACGUACACAGAUUUCACCGGAUUCCGGUGAACGCAGCAUUGAGAAGCGUCCGAUUCGCAAACGUGUUAAGGCAGUUAACAAAGAUUUUGUUUAUGAUCUGGUCAGCUUCAAGGCGGAUCCGUCUGGAGCACAGUCUGCAGCAAUAGCUGUCGACUCCAUGCGAGCAAAACUGCGUCGCCAGACUGUAAAUACAGGUGAGGAGUCCAAGCCGAAGCACUGGGAGGCUUACAUAACCGAGGAGAAGAAACCAUUGGUGCAGGGCAUCACCCGUCGCAUCAUGUUGGAGCUGGUCAGCCAGGGACGUGCCGUAUCCGCCACGCUGCCUGAGCUGCCCGCCGAGCGACCUCAAAUCCGCCCCCGUCUCAUUUCAUAUACGCGCAGCGAUUGCGGCCAACAACAGUUUGUACUGGAUGCGAGCUCCAGUUCAGUUGGCAACGUUGGCGAAAGCUUUAUUGAAAAGAUUGCUAAGCGCACGGCUGCUGCUGGCAAGGAUGCGACCAUUAGCAAUCUGUGGAAUAAGGUAAACGCCAUUGCCCAACAACAGAAACCGGAAGUGCCAGAAGUUUCCGUCAAACAUCAAGAAGUCACUUAUACUGAAGAAGUGGGAGCGGAGGCGGAAGCUUUGGAGGAGUUGAACGAUCUACACAAAACACCAAAUGGCAAACAAAAAUCCAGCUCGGUUAUCCAACUAACACCACCAUCUCCGCCUCGCAAGGGCAACGCCUCGAAUGCGCUAAACACGUCCGCCAUUGUAGAGGCGCUUACAUCUCCAGCUCCAGCCGCAACCCCAGCCCCAGCCCCAGUGUCAACCACUGUUGUAUCACAAUGCCUUAGCAGCACCGAAUCGCCAAUGGCAUUGGGAGCGGGAACGGCCGGACUAUUUCCGACAUUACCCAAACCUCCAUCCGUUCUGCAAGCAGCUGCCAAUGGAACAAUUCAAUUUACACUGGACAGCCUGCUGCGUGCCGCAUUGCAGAACUAAACACUUGACGCACUUUUGUCAUAGUUUGUUUGUUAAUUAGUUACACCUCCUCCGCCUCUCAUUUGACGUACAUUGUCAACGUAUCAUGUAUUAUGUACAAAGCUGGAAACAGUGAUUAAAGCAUGUUUUGGUUAAGUUUUACAUGGAUGAACAAUUAGCUACACAACUAUUUUAUUUAACGAGUUAAAUAUUUCAACAUACACUUUAUAAAAUUUGAUUAAAUUUUAUCUCCACUGUUUUUGUCAUCCUUUGAAAUUUUGUUAACUUUUCCACAAAACUUAGAAAUAGAUGAAACAUUCAGAUAGUUACUGAUAUUUUUUCUACCACUAAAAUAAUAGUUGGACUUCUCACUAUAUUUAACAUUAACAAUUUCACCUGGGAAAAUUAACUAAAUUUAGUUUGAUUAAAAAAAGAGUUUAGAUAAAAUUUAAACAAAUUUCAAUAAGGGUAUAAUGUAUGUUUAAAUGUCUAACUGAAUAUACCCAAUACCAGAGUAGGGCUGGCUAAAAAAUCGAAUCACUAUACUCAGCUCUGAUUAUGCAUAAUGUUUUGCACUUGUGUCCUUAUUCGAUAUACUCUGAUCAGUGCGUUUCCAUAUCCAAUCGAUGUUGAUGUGAUGUGAUAACUUGAGUAUUACACAGCUUCAAUAACCAAAUCAAAACAAAAGAAAUCAAAGAAAGAAAAUGAUAAAGCAUAGCAUAGCAUCAUUUUUGGCAGUUUGCAAAUGUUUGUCGGCAUUUUUAUCGUGUUUUUUAGUGAAAAUUGUACAUUUAGUUAAUAGAGAUGAAUUUAUACUAGGCUUAAACUGAAGCUAAAGAUAAAGCUAAAUAUGUAAAAACAGACACACACACAAACAUUUAGAAGAAAGAGUGUUAUCGUUGUCCAAGGCCAGUGUGGCACGAAUGAAGCAUUUGUGGCAUCUGGUCUUGGAUUAAUGAGUUAGUUCCUUUAUCCGAGCAAUUGUAAAUACAAACAAAAAAUGUAUAAAAUAUCCUGUGCAGCAUUUGUAUUUAUAUAUGUGCAUAUUUUUGUUGUUCAAUGUAGACCAUUAAUGUCGUACAAGAUAGAGCCUUAAAUCAAAUCACCAAAUGAUAAUAAAACUUAUUUUAAUCACAACAUAA